AUGGCAUCUGUCAGUCAGCAAACUGCAGAUCUUCUGAAAAAACGUAAAGAUAGAGACAGACCGCAUAAGGCCAAGCCUUCCAAUGACACCACUGCUAAAUGGGUCAUCAUUUCCUCGGAAUAUAGUGAGGCGCAGCCCCUGAUGCCCGAGUCGAUUACUUCGCAGACCUCUAUUGAGACCAUUUCAGAGUCCUCUCCAUACCAGAUACAAGUGAACAUUCAUUACCAGAAUGAUAUAACUGUUCUGCAGUGUGUUGCUGAGGGUGGCUUCCCGCUAGGAGAACUAGAAUGGCAUUUCCAGAAUGGAGAACCCAUAAACCAGAAUCAGACUGUGCUGAACAGCGAUAAUACAGAUGGGACAUUUGUUAUCAGCAACACCUUGAAACUGGAGUGGGUGGUGUCUGCAUCUGUGUGUUGUUCCAUAAGACAUCCAAUACUGAAAACUGAAAAAAGCUACUGCAAGGACAUUAAAGAGAAUCGUGAAGGAAAUCAUCUUUCAAAUGACACCAUUUACUAUGUCACUGCCAUCAUCUUCGUCCUCAUCAUCAUCAUCGCUUGCCUGGUUUAUAUGCUGUUGAUCCAAAGAAGAAAACGAAAGAAGUCAGGUAGAAUUAGAGUACAAGUACAUAUUUAUGUCACACAAGCUGUAAGUGCAUUGAAUUUGGAGAAGGAGCAAAAGGUAAUGCGGUUCAAAUCCACUGUACAAAAACUUUUGGGAUUGGGAGUUUGGUAUAAUGGUUAA